AUGGACCUUGAUAAUCUCAUAUCCACCGACCGUGCGGACAUAUUGACCGCACGGACCUGCGGACACUCGACCGACCAUACGGCCGCUUUCGACGGUGCGGCCACCUUCGACCGUGCGGCCGCCCUCGACCGUGCGACCAUCCUCGACCGUACAGCCACCCUCGACCGUACGGCCAUCCUCGACUACGGCCGCCUUCGACUGUGCUGCGGUCACCCUCGACUGUGCGGCCACCCUCGACUACGGCCGCCUUCGACUGUGCUGCGGACACCCUCGACCGUGCGGCCACCCUCGACCAUAUUUUGACCUUCCGGCAGCGUGAUCGUGCGGACAGCGUGGCCGCGCGGAUAACCUCGAUUAUCUUGUAUCCUUCGACCGCGCGAGCAUUUUGGCCGUACCGACAACCUAACUGUGCGGACAUUUUACCGUCCGCAGUCUUACUGCCGUGCGGUUGAUCCUUUCUUUACAGGAUUCGCGCAAGCAGAGGAAUUACGGUCAUUGGAAACUCUUGCCGGUAAGCAGCAUUCUACAAAAAUCGGACAAUCAAUAUUUCAUCGAUUGGGAACCCGAUCAAAGGACCGGACAGACGUAUAAGCCUUUGGGGCAGCCAAAACGACAACGAAGUCUUAUUCAUCAC